UAACAAAGCUGUGACUAUUCAAAGCCCAAUCAAAAUCAAGCCCACUAUUUAUCAAACGGAGUCGAGGCAAAGCAAUCGGAAUCGGAUCUAGACACACCUCGAAGCGCUAGCAAUCUGAACCCUAAAUCACCAAAUCAAUUUCACUAAAGUUUCACAAAUUUCUCAAUCCGAACCCUAAAUACCCUGCUUCCAAAGUUCAAUUCGACAGGAAGAUAUGAAGAGGGGUGGAGACGACGUCGCGGAGAAGCUUGAUGGGGCAAAGAAGCCUGUAUUUCUCUCCAAAGCACAGCGAGAACAGCUUGCUCUUCAACGCAGGCAAGAGGAAAUAGCUCAACAAAAACGCAAAGCCGAACUUUUUCUUCAAAGCAACAAUGACUCAAAACCCCUUCCUUCUUCCGACCGUGACCGUGACUUGGACCGCCGGUCUUCACGUGACCAUGAUAGGGAUCGGGAAAGGGAAAGGGAAAGAGAAAGAGAAAGGGAUCGGGAUGUGGAGCGAAGGAAUAGGGAGAAAGAGCGUGAAGAAGAGCAGAAGGCACGUGAGCGUGCUCGAUUGGAGAAAUUGGCCGAGCGAGAGCGUGAAGUUGAAUUAGCUGCUAUUAAGGAACAGUAUUUGGGGUCUAAGAAACCUAAGAAGCGGGUGAUUAAGCCCAGCGAGAAGUUCCGGUUCUCUUUCGACUGGGAGAACACUGAGGAUACUUCUCGGGAUAUGAAUUCGCUGUAUCAGAAUCCUCAUGAAGCUCGGCUACUCUUUGGUCGUGGUCUCCGGGCGGGAAUGGAUCGGAGGGAGCAGAAAAAGCUUGCGGCUAAGAAUGAUAAGGAGAUUCGUGAGGAGGUUAGAAAGAAAGAGGGUGUUGAGGAGACACGCGAAGAAGCAGCUGCUCAGAAGAAAAAGGAAAAGGCUGCGGAUUUAUAUGAUACUUUCGAUAUGAGGGUGGAUCGCCAUUGGUCUGAGAAGAAGCUGGAGGAGAUGACUGAGAGAGACUGGAGAAUUUUCAGGGAAGAUUUCAAUAUUUCUUACAAGGGUUCGAAAAUUCCCCGCCCUAUGAGAAGCUGGAUUGAGAGUAGGUUGAGUCCUGAGUUGUUGAAGGCAGUGGAGAGGGCCGGCUACAAGACUCCAUCGCCAAUUCAGAUGGCUGCCAUUCCUCUUGGCCUGCAGCAGCGUGACGUGAUUGGCGUUGCUGAGACUGGUUCGGGUAAAACUGCUGCCUUUGUUCUUCCCAUGUUGACUUACAUUACCCGACUUCCUCCUAUGACCGAAGAGAAUGAGGCUGAGGGACCUUAUGCCGUCGUGAUGGCGCCUACUAGAGAGCUUGCUCAGCAAAUUGAGGAUGAGACUGUAAAAUUUGCACACUAUCUGGGUAUGAAGGUCGUUUCUAUUGUUGGUGGGCAGUCCAUUGAAGAACAAGGUUUUAGGAUUAGACAAGGGUGUGAGGUUGUGAUUGCAACACCUGGACGUCUUCUUGAUUGCUUGGAGAGGCGGUAUGCGGUUCUCAAUCAGUGUCACUAUGUAGUCCUCGAUGAGGCUGAUCGAAUGAUUGAUAUGGGUUUUGAACCUCAAGUUAUGGGUGUAUUAGAUGCAAUGCCUUCAAGCAACUUGAAACCAGAGAACGAGGAAGAAGAGCUCGAUGAGAAUAAGAUUUAUAGAACAACCUACAUGUUUAGUGCUACCAUGCCGCCUGCUGUUGAGCGGCUGGCGAGGAAGUACUUGAGAAAUCCUGUUGUUGUCACCAUUGGCACUGCAGGAAAGACAACUGAUCUCAUUACUCAACAUGUUAUCAUGAUGAAGGAGAAUGAUAAACCAGGUAGGUUGAGGAAAUUGCUGGAUGAUCUUGGUGAUAAGACAGCCAUUGUGUUUGUUAACACAAAGAAGGUUGCUGAUACUGUAGCCAAAAAUUUGGAUAAGGAUGGCUAUCGUGUGACUACACUGCAUGGGGGGAAGUCACAAGAACAGCGAGAAAUAAGCCUUGAAGGAUUUAGGACUAAGAGAUACAAUGUGUUGGUUGCCACUGAUGUAGCGGGUCGUGGUAUUGAUAUACCUGAUGUGGCACACGUCCUAAAUUAUAAUAUGCCUGGCAGUAUUGAAGCUUAUACCCAUCGAAUUGGGAGAACAGGACGUGCAGGGAAGACUGGUGUUGCCACCACAUUCUUGACUUUGCAUGAUACUGAUGUCUUCUAUGAUCUGAAGCAAAUGCUUAUUCAGAGCAACAGUCCUGUGCCUCCAGAGCUUGCCAGACACGAGGCUUCAAAGUUUAAGCCUGGUAGUAUCCCUGACCGACCUCCCAGAAAGAAUGACACGGUUUUCGCUCAUUGAUGCAGCAAUCUGGCCAUAUUUUUCUAGAAGAUUUCUAAUUUUAUGUGGGCAAUGAAUGGAUAAUAGAAAUACAAGAUACUGGUGCAUUCAAACAUCUGGGAAAUGGCAUGUACACUGCACAUUUUCUUUGAAGGGGCUGAGGCAUGUAUUUAGCUACCUUAAAGAAGUUGUAGUAGCUGAUGAGCUUUAUGAUCCCAGUAGAAGAGUUUAGAAGAGGAAGAAAUAUAUAAAGACUGGCUGGUUUGAUGUGGUUGCCAAAUAUUUGAUUUUGUUGGAUGCUUCCCUAGUUUUAUGUCGUUGAUGAAUAGAGUUGCAAAAAAGAACUAUUGUAGCUGAUCCCAAGUUUAUUGAUUAUAAAGCUUACAUUGCUCACCUCACUCUGUCUUUUGGAAUUAUUGCUUAGUUUGUUCUAUUGUUGUGUGAAGGACUCUCAUUGGUUGACAAUGAAGUAUUAAGUUCUCUUGAA